AUGACUCAAUACUGGGAACCUGGCACUCAAUACAACCACGGCGACAUUGUUCAGUACAAUGGCCAUCGAUACAAGAUCAUCCAGCCGCAUUCCUCUCAGUCUGACUGGGCUCCCGACAACACUCCCGCUUUGUGGGGACGCCUCUCAGAUGAAGAUCAUACUGGCGAAUGCGACAACUCUGGUUAUCAACCGGGCUAUAACCAGGGACAGCAGCAGCAGCAAUACCAGCAACCGCAGCAGCAAUACCAGCCUCCACCCCCACCUCAGGAGCAACCUCACUACAAUGAACACCACAAGGCUUGGUUCGAUUUCGACGGUGAGAAGAAACAUCAGCUUGAGGUAGGCGGAGGUCUCGUAGCAGGUGCCGCUCUUCUCGGCGCCGGCUACUUGGCUUUCAAGGGGCAUAAAAAGAGCGAAGAAGAGAAAAAAGCGCAAACUUGGGCACUUCAGAACUGGCUUCAAGACGCCCAAGCACGCACUGAGCAGUACCGCCACAAUGGUCCCAGAGGACCGGCCGAGUGGAUCUUGAACCAAGGCAAGAAUAUCCCUCACAACGCAAUUGUUGUCGGCAGGGAGCAUGAUUGGACCUUAUAUAUUUGUCGCGCCUUUUAUGAGGGCGGUAUUCAAAUCGGCAAAGCAUCUGAUGUCUUCAAGAAAGGUGCCGUUAUUGGAUACGAUGACGAGGAGAUCCAUCUCGAUACCUAUGAAAUCCUCGUUGGGGAUAUGCGUGGUCUGCGAUGGGUUGAUGCCAGUGGUAGGCUUGAUGUAGCUGCUUUAGGCGCUCGCCCCGUUGAGGGUGGUCGCGAGAGCGAUGGGACGCCGUUGUAUAUCGCCGAAGCGCCUCACAAGGGUGCCGUGCAUCCUGGAAAGGCUAGUUCCAAGCUCGAUGGUGCGGUCAUCCCGUACGACAACCAUGAGAAGACCGUCCACGUAAGUCAUUUGAUACUGGUAAACCGAUGAUUUGGGUACUAAUGAUUACCCAUAUGAAGAACUACAGGGUUCUAUGCUACGCCUAGUGAUUUGUGUCAUCCACAGAG